AUGCACGUCGUACGGCAGGCCGGGGUUGUUGUGCAGAGCGCAGGGCGCAUCCUGUCGCUGCUGCAGCUGGUCUUUUUCCUGCCAUUGUCACUCGAGCAUAAUCGCGAUACAUUCCUUGCGUUUUCCGCGUCGCUCGCGGCAUUUUACAUGCUGCUGUCGACGAUGCGGAUCGUCACGCAGGGCAGCUGGCUCGUCUAUGUCACGCGCGCCGUGUCCAUGACGCAGAACCUCGUGAUUCCCAUGCUGCUGUUCCUCUGUGCGCGGCUCUACUCGCCGGAGCCGUCGCAGAGCCCGCUCAUCGAGGCGCUGCGCAAGAGCGGCACGCACGCCCCGCCGUGGUCCGCGUCCCUUGCGCGCGCGUUUCCCACGAGCGAGGUGCACGUCUUUUUGCGGUCCGUGCUUCCCGCGUCGUACACGGAAGGCGACGACGGGAUCGUGUACCCCGGCUGGCUCGAGCACGCGCUCGUGUACGUCCUCGGCGCUGGGCAGUACAUCCUGUCUCAGGUCCCGGACUGGUGGUACUCGCUCCUGCUCUACAUGUCGCCCGUCUUUUCGCUGCUGGAAGGCCUCUCGAGCCUGCUCGUCAUCCAGUCGUUUGCGCACCUCUCGCGCUGGCUAAUUAACGACUCCGAGAGCGGCAAGCGGCGGCCGUGGCAGGGCAGCGUCAUUAUGCGCAAGCUGCUCUCGUUCGGCCUCGAGCCGAGCGAGGCGUGGCAGCUGCUCUUUCUACUGCUUUCGGCGACCGUGUACGUGCUCUCGGCCAUGGCGCUGUACAUGUGCUUUGACGGAGCGACCGACGGCCGCUCGAUUGCCGCUUCGGCGAUCGGCGCGAGCCUCGCGUCGACGCUGUGGAUCUCGGCGAUUGCGUUUGCAAUCCGCAAGGCAAACGUCGUCGAGACGAGUCUGAUGUUUGCGUACGUCGUAUUUAAUAUCUACCAGCUCAGCACCUCGCUGGGCCUCGGCGCGGAUCCGCUGCAGAUGGUGCGCAACUUUAAGGCAUCGCGCAUCGAGAAGCAGGUGCCGCUACUGCUCGCACAGUCGACGAGCGCCAUGUUCGACCGCCUGGUCGACGCAGUGGAGCACAGUCUGUACGUCCUCUCGGCCGCCAACGAGGUGCUGCCGACGACGGUGAUUGUCAGCCUCGUGUACCGCCUAAUGGUGCUGUACUCGGCGAUCCGCGUGCUGCCCCGUUUGAAUGCGCACAACGGGUACGACUCACGCCGGGACGUCUUGUGGCGGCGGCGGAAUCAGCAGUGGAGCGAAGAGAAGCUCGCCAAGGCCGCACAGCACGAAAAAGAGCUCGACGAGGCCGCACAGCGCCUCAAGGAGCCCAAAGAGGGCGGGGAUGCGCCCUCUAUGCCGCCCAAAGAAGACGCGCCGCCCGAACCGCUCAAAGAGAGUGCGCCGCCCGCGACGGACGACGCGUCGCCCGCAAAAGACGACGCUUCCCCCGACCAGGACGACGACGCACUGCCCGCAAAAGACGACGCGCCGCCGUCCGAAGCCGACCCGAAACUCUCGACCCUCCUCCUAAACGCCAAAGAGCCGGGCAGCGAGGACGAGCACGAGGUCGCGGCCUAUGUCGAGCAGGCCAAGCCCGCGCGCCCCGUCGAUGCCGUGCGCGAGACGGCGGCGCGCGCCGAGGAUGCGCUGCGCCGGAUCGACACCGAGCCGCGGGGCUCGACCGUGCUCAAGGUGCUCGUGACCUACUCGCGUUUCAUUCUAAUUGCCGUGUACAGCCACCUGCUGCUCCUGGACCAGAACCACCAGACCUACUGGCGCCUGCUCACCGUCUUUUUCACGCUCGGCCUAUGGAGCGUGGAGCUGCUGUUGAGCAAGGAAGAUUCGUACCUCGUUUCGAUGUACGAGUAG